AUGCCUACUAUGAAUGGUCUUGUGGGUGCCGAAUCGGGCGGCUAUCGCCUUGACCACGAACUCGACAUACCCACUCCACAGCGAGGCUCACUGCUCGUCCGUGUGCAUGCCGUCGCUAUGAACCCACGAGACGCAAAAAUUGUGGACUUUAACAAGUCACCCGGUUCAUUAGGCGGGUGUGACUUUGCCGGCACCGUGGCAAAGGUGGGAGAAGGAGUCACGAGAUUCAAAGAGGGCGACCGCGUCCUUGCCACCACGUUCGGCUCAGAUCCUUGGGACAAGACUGUCGGUGCUUUUGCUGAAUAUGCACUGGCAGAAGAAGACAUCAGCUGCCACGUUCCCAAAGAUUUCUCUUUUGAGCAGGCAUGCUCGAUUGGCCUUUCGCUGGCCACGGCCGGUUUGGCCCUCUUUGCCCACCCUGGCUUAGAGCUGCCUUUGCAAGCGGGCGCAGGUGGAACUGUGCUCAUCUGUGGAGGUGCCACAGCCACAGGCACAAUGGCAACGCAACUACUGAAAAUGGCCGGGUACACUCCUAUCGUCACCUGCUCGCCUGCCAACAACGCUCUGUGCGAAUCGUACGGCGCCGCAGCCUGUUUCGAUUAUCACUCCCCUAACUGCGGGGCUGACAUCCGCGUGCACACCGAAAACCGCCUCCGUUUCGUCCUCGACUGUGUCACCGACAGCACGAACAUGAAGAUGUGCUACGGUGCCAUUGGCUCCUCGGGUGGUAGCUACAUUGCGCUCGAGAACCUCACUACUACCGUCAAAUACACGCGUAGGGACGUGCGUGCAGAUUGGUUCCUCGCCGAUGCCAUCAUGGGCGACGGAGUUCAUAUGACAGGCACCUACGGGCGGCCUCCAUCACCCGAGCAUAGAGAGUUUGGCAAGCAAUUAUUUGCCCUUGCUGAGGGGUGGCUCAGUGACGGGAGAGUCAGGCACCACCCACUGGAUGUGCAGGAAGGCGGUUUGUCGAAGCUGCCGGAGUAUCUGGAGGAUAUGAAGCUUGGGAAAGUGCAUGCAAAGAAACUUGUAGUGCCAUUGAUGGGAUAG